UUGCAGUCUGUGCUCGUCAGUCAGUCUUACGGACGCGCGAUUCAUGUUUGACGCGCAAUUUCGAAUGUGUGGAUCGACUGAAAUUAUCGAUGAUUGUAUGUUUAAUGGUGAUACUUGACGAAAAAAUUCUAACUUAUAUGCGGUCAACUAGUGUCUCGUGGUGUGACGCUUUCUGGUAAGAUUAUAGUGGCAGGUUUCGCUAUGUCGCAAGUGCUUUGGCCGCAAGAGGCGCAGUGACGACUCGCCCGUGAGCCUGCCGACAUCCUCGACAGCCCUGCGAUGGAGUCGAUCAGAAAAUGGUUCUAUAGGCCUAAGAGGGACGACACGAGUUUACUCGCACAAUUUUUCUAUGCCGACGAAUCUUUGAACGCUGUUGCCUGCGAGUUGGACUCGUUCGACGGCCGCCAGGAACCGGAAAGAUGCACCACGCUGGUCAAUCAACUGCGCCAUUGCCAGGACAAGGUGUUGACGAUAUGCAGCCAGAUAAUGGACGAACUGAUACCGGAGAGCAGGGCGAACCGGGACUUUAGGGUGAAAUUUCCUGAUGACGUGAUGCAGGAGAAUCUUGCGGGCCAGCUGUGGUUCGGGGCGGAAUGCUUGGCGGCCGGAUCCUCGAUCAUGAACAGGGAGGCUGAAAGUUCAGCCAUGAGGCCGUUGGCGAGGGCUUUGACGAAGUCUUUGGACAUCGUCAGGAAUUUGCUCAGAGAGCACGCGCUGAAAGGUCACAUGAACCUGAAGUAUCUUUCUCAAACGCAAAAUCCAUUGGACCCAUCCCUGGAGAAGUUGAUCGAGUCGCUGAAAAUCUUCGAUCGGUUGUUCGCCGAUUUCGAGCUAUGUUACGUAGGCGUGAUGGUGCCGGUGAAAUCGACGAAGGAGUACGAGCAGCAGGAACUCGUGUGCGUUUUAUUUUCGGAGACGCUGCAAAGAGCUCUCGAACGUGGAUUGCUCAGCCAAGCCGACGUGGAUAAUUACGAGCCAGCUCUGAUGUUUACUAUUCCACGUUUGGCGAUUGUUUCUGGCCUCUUGGCUCCGCCUGGAGGCCCUUUGUGCCUCAAUUCCCCUGACAACAUCAGCGAAGUGUUUAGACCUUUCAGGUCGCUUCUUCUAAAAAUAAGAGAGCUUCUAUGGACGUUGAACAAUCGCGAGCUCUACAUGCUGGAGAAACUGCUUUGCUCGAACGAGGAGCCGUCAGGCCCUAUCACGCAAUCAUCGAAAUCGUCCACGUGCCAGGACAUCCCCGAUCUGGAGGAAUUUGUUCACAAUUUUUAUACCGGUUACCCGAACUGCAAAGACUUCAUUGUAGAUUUUUACACUGUGACGAAGAAUACAGGGAACAACAUGGAUGAAGUGGCAGACGAUGUGGUUCAAAUAUUAGAAAAGGAGAAUCGGUUGGUGGAGAGGAAUAGCGAUCAGGAGGAGGAGAGCCGCGAAAUGAUCGUGGAAACUGGGCCUAAUCGGUUAAACAUAUCCGUGAACGGGUACGAGGAGACUGUAAGGUGUAAUAGUAGCGCGAGGACAUCCAGUGAACGUGAUAGUGUUGGUGACGAAGUGCAGUAUCAUGUUAAAAAACCUUCUAGUUCAUCGAACACGAAUAGUCGGUUAUCUUGCGAUGAUAAUCCUUGCACGAGAAGAAUAGAAUGUAACGCGGCUCCUGUUUCCAUAGUGAAUUCCGUCACGGAACAAGUCGUUCCGGAGAGCAGUAUUUCGAAUGUAAACGAGAAUAGAUGCGGCGAACAAUUGCACAAACAGCAAGAAGAAUUCAUCACCUCGGACAUCACCGAGAUAUUAGGUAGCUCGGAUAACAUCGAAAUUCCUCAAACUCAGUAUCUACUGAAUCAGGUUUCACACGAGAACAACGUAACUGGUGAGACGGUCCAUAUACAAAACUCUUUGCCCGAUUUGGAUUCGAAAAAGCUCAUCUCUGAGGCGAAUAAAACGUUGUCGAAUCUAUUGUUAGAUGGAGAAUGUCAGAACGAGAUCUCUGAGCAGACUGAUUCGGGAAUUUGCACGGUGAUCUCGUCGGAGAAUACCAGUUUAUACGAUAAAAGUCCUGAAGAGAAGAAGACAUUCGCCAAUGAGAUUCAACAGGAUGAACAGGGCUUGGGCGACGAAGAUACGCAAGAGAACACUAGCUAUUCUUGUUCUAAUUUGAAUUCACCUAAAAGGAAGAGUUCGACGAUAUCGGAAAACUCUUGCGUUUGUAGUUUAAGGAGCGUGAAAACGGUUGCAUCAUUGGAUCAUUCGAUCGAGGUGCAUAAUCUGCACGCGGCCAACACGGAGGUCGCGAAGAACAUUCCACGGAUAUCGUCGAAUUUUGAUGGUACAAAUGAGGAAUUCGUUGGAGUCGCGUACGGGAAUGGGCAUAUUUCUGUUUGUGACUCAAACCAAUCCAGUUUUCAGAUCAACUAUUCCGAGAAUUGGGAGAACUUGAAUUUAAGUAUCGAUGCGUCUACUUCGAGAAAAGAAUUCUGGAGUGACUUGAAAUGCGAGAACUGCCCCUCUACGUCGCAGAACAUCGAAAAAAUUGGUACAAAGAUCGAGCAAUACGCUCAGGAUAAGAUCACGACGUCGAGAAAGAUGAAGGACGAGAAACAAAAACGACGGCAUCAACGCAAGCACGAAAGAAAUGGACAAAAACUUCAUCAAGGAAUACAAGAGAGUAGGAUACAAAAUUUCCAAAAUUUACGAUCAUCGGCAAGCACGGAACGUUCCAGAUCAAACUCGACAGAUCGUUGCUUAAAUCCUAGAUUGAUCAGUUAUGGCGCUAGCCUGCAUCCCAGUCAGAACACUAGAAAAAUGCCUAACUUUGGAAGCCAUAGCCCUCACGCCAGUCCAAGAUUACAACACUUUGAAACUCGUAGCACACCUGGAUCCGGACAGAGGAAAUGUAGUAUCAUCUCUAGACCUCAGCGAAAUUUAUCGCCGCAAAAUAGAAAACUUUUAGAUUAUAGACGAUCCAGGUCAGAACAAAUUAUUAGAAUGAAAAGAAGAGACUAUGAUAAAAGAGAUAAAUAUGAAAGAACUAAUCCUAGAUUGGAACAGACUAAGAGGAAAUUGGGAAACAGAAGUCCUAAUGAAUUAAUGAAUGAUGGUUUGGGACCAAGAACGGAUAAAAGCGGUUUGUCGAACGAGCCGAGCUCACCUAUCUUGACGCAACCUGUAUCAUAUGUGCAAAAAGACAAUAACACGCAAAGAGCUACACGAACCGUGAGACUGAUGAAUGCAUCUACGGUUCAAGGAACACAGUCGAUCAACUCGGAUCAUAUGUUGGCUCAUAAACCAGAUGUUGGAUCUAGUUCGAGCUGUUCGAGUUGUUGUGAUUCAAGCUCGGAGACUAGUGAAUUUCAAAGUGAUUGCCAGGAUGACGAGGAAAUAGCAUUGGCAAUGCAAGCUGCUGAGAUUGCAAAUAAUUAUAAGAUUCGAGCAAAAUUUCGAUCGUCUGAGGAUCUUGUCCACCGUUUAUUUGUUUGUAUAGCUGGUGUGGCAGACCAGUUACAGACGAAUUUUGCAUCAGAUCUACGUAAUAUUUUAAAAUGUGUGUUCCUUAUGAAUAGUAGUCAAACUGUGGAAGAUGGUGAAAUGAAGGAUGAAAGUUCAGUAUCUGAAAAUCCUGUAAGUCCGAUAAACGAUACAGCUACUAAUCAUGACCGACAAGAUUUGUUACAAGAAUAUGAGGAUGAUUUGGAAGAAACUACUACAACUGACCAUAACACAACAUCCUCCAUAACGGAACGUGGCGAGGAAUGUGUAGAAAGAGCACCAGCUUGGAUCCCGGACAACGAUGCGCCCCGUUGCAUGGCAUGUCAAGCUGGAUUCACGGUGGUAAGACGCAGACAUCAUUGCAGAAAUUGCGGCAAGGUGUUCUGCGGCCGUUGCAGCAGUAAUAACGUUCCCCUCCCUCGUUAUGGGCAUACGAAGCCUGUCAGGGUAUGCAACAGGUGUUUUCUCUAUCAAGUGACGCCGUUUACGGUGUCUUCAGUGACAUCAGCAAGCUGAACUUUAUCUGAAUAAGGAAACACAAGAUUCUUAAAUAAUUAAAGGCGUUAAGGACUCUAUGGAAAUCAAUGAAAAAUGGGAAUAAUAAUCAUAGACUGAAGAUAAAAAAAAAAAACAGCUAAAAUCGUUUAACUCUGCAUUAUAUCAAACAUUUUCCCAGCGAUAAUGAUGAAAUAACAAUUUCUAAAUGUUAAUAUCAAAUAAACGAUUGGAUUAGCGAUAAGCGGGCCGUGAUUAUUUUAAAAUUAUUAUGAUAUUCUACCGAUGAAACUCUUUCGUUUGGAGAAGAGAUACGUUUGUAUCGAUAUUUAUGGUGGAAGAAAUUAUAGCGAUAAAUGUCGAUGUGAAGAAUUUUGCAGAAAUUCUAAAAAAUUUGCAAAUCAUAAAAUCUUACUUAAGUCCAUAUAUAGAUGUAUAUUAUGAACUUUUUGAAUUCUCACGAAAUAUAAAAGUACUUAGAAUAUUAGUAUGUUAUAUUUGUAUCAUUACUUGUUGAUCAAAUGUAUAACAAACGCAUUUACAUUUCUUCCACUAUGAAUAUACAUGUUUUCCGAAGCAAGGAAAAAAGAAAUUAUUGCUCCACUUCUUCUUUCUUUAAAAAGACAUUGAGUAUAAAUUUACUCGAGUCUAAUGACUGUUGGUGUAAAUAGCGUAAACUUGCAAGCGAGCGUGAAAA